AUGAAACCUCCAUCCUUAUCGAAUCUCGCUACAGGCCUGUGUAGUAUCAAAUUGUCCUUGAGAAAAAACCAAUCAGUCGAGUACCGCUUUACAUCACCCCCGGGAAUGCAAGCGGAGGAUUUUAAACUCUCUGGAAUAGAGCGGCGUUAUGUUUUCCGUUUCCUUCCUUCAUACUCUCCAGUUUUCUGGCUUUUACUUGGAUGUUAUGGCCGGGUUUGUCUGGUUUUUUCUUCAACUCAUUCACUUAAACAGGAAAUAAAUUCCUUGGCUUCUCGGAGCUUUAAUACCAUAACUCGGGACGAGAAGAAAACAAAAGCCUACAAAUAG